AUGAGUAUCAACCAGAGCUGCAUCGAACUUUCGAUUUUAGACCUUGAAUGUUGUGGGAGCACAACUUUCCAUGAUUGGCAAUUUAGUGAACAAUUUAAAUGUAACGCUUCAAAUCCAUAUCCUGAACGUUGUGGAGUGCCAUAUUCUUGUUGUAGAAAAUCUGUGGUUUCCAGAGCGGGUGCCGGUGAAGUUAACCCUCUCACACCUGCAAUUCGCUCAAUUCAGUGUUGGCAAAAUGCUCAGAAGAAGAGAGAACAGGAAUUAGAUUCUGAUAUUUAUGUUCUUGGAUGUCUUCAGCCAUUACGCACAUUAUUUGAUUCACAUGCUUUACAUAUUGGAAUGAUUGUACUUUCUAUUAUAUUCCCAGUGUGUGUAACUGUUUGCCUCUCUCAGUGCUUGGCACGGCAAAUAGACUAUCAACACUUUUUACUGCGGAGAGAGCAAAGGCGAAUAGCUCGAAAUGAGAGGAGAGAAAAGCGUUAUUUGGAUCAGAAAGGAGAAAUUAAAAUUGGAGAACAACACAAAAGACAAACAACAGAAAAUGCUCAAAAACAAGGAGAAAAAGCCGAAGUUAUUGUUCCACUUAAUAAAUGUUCCCCUCCACGUUCACCACCCAAAGUUAAACCACCUCCUACGCCAAAGUAUAUAUUUAGAGGAAAAUAUAAUAUUGUGUAA